AUGAUGUUCCCUCGAACAGCGGCCAUCGCUGCCCUUAUAUCCUUGGGAUCAUUUGCUCCACUGGUAUCUGCAAAAGGUAGCAAUCGGACACUACCAACCCCGGUUCUGGUGGACUUUGACGAUGAUGGCGUUCUUGGUGGCCUAUUCCUUCCAUCUAUCUCUGGCCCUCGAUCACAAAUCGUGGUAUACAUGAUGCAUGCCGAGCAGGACUACACUUCCUUUUCUGCUUGUACGGAACUGCCCAAACGAGGCUUUACUGUCUUCUGUGCAAACAACGAUGCCAGCAAGAGUGGAUACAUGUCGGAUCUCAAUUUUGAAGACAUUAUGACUGAAGUCGAUCAGGGCAUGUCCUAUCUGCGCGACCUCACCGAAAUCGAAAAGGUUGUCAUCUUGGGUCACAGUGGAGGUGGCGCUAUGAUGGCUCAGUAUCCGAACAUUGCCGAGAAUGGAGUCUCUGCCUGUCGAGGUUCCGAGAAGUUGUAUCAAUGCUCUGAUGCACUGGCGGACCUUGAGCCUGCUGAUGGCCUGAUGCUGCUCUAUGCAAUCUAUGGUCUCUCCACCAUGACGCUAUUAAGCUUAAACCCAGCUAUUAUUGACGAAACCUCCGGCUCCAAGUUGAACCAGUCUCUGAACUUGUUCAACUCUACCAACGGGUUCGUCAAUACCAAUUCGGAAUAUACAGAAGAUUUUAAGGAGGCAUUCCAAAAUGGCGUCGUGGCUCGCAGCAAUCGAAUUAUUAACCAUGCACAAGAGCGCUUGAAGGAAAUUGAGGCAGGAAAUGGAUAA